AAUUGCAACAUUCAUAAAGAAAAAACGCACACAAAUAGAAGAUACAUAAAUUAAAUAACUCAUUCACCCUCACAUAAAAUACAACAAAGAUAAACCAUUUGUUACUUUGUACAGUAUUAGGGAGCAGCCCUGCAAAGGAAUCUAACAACAAAUGGCCACUACCACCAAAUUCGCCACAUGGCUAAAUCAAAAACUAAAGGAACUGAAUACAGACGAAUCUGUAUUUGGUAGCUAUAUUACGGGUAUACUCGAAGACGAUGAUAGUCUCGAGGAGAAGAAGGAAGCAUUGGAGGGUAUUUUAAGUGAGAUAUUGACUGAUAACAUUGCAGAAUUGAUUGAUACAAUACUGGACAAAUGGAAAGCCUGUUCGAAUAGCCAAGAUGAUGAGAAAAAUAAACCGCCCAAAAUAGAUGUUGAUGAACAGUUGGUCAAACUGUUGGAAUCAACUAAAGUUCAAGCUGUCGUCAAGGAGCGACAAUACACCGAGGAGGAGAAGAGAAUACGUGAACAAAUUUUAGCACAAUAUUCACAGACUGAAGUCUCCGACGAUGACUACGAACCUGCUCAGUCCGAUGAGGAAGGCGACAAACACGCCGGCGGAGGUGGUGGCGGUCUAACCGGCAUCGAGCGCAACACAAAUGCCCAGGAUGUUCAAAAUCUUAUCAAAGAGAAACGGGAACAGGCCCGUCUAGAGGCAGCGGCAAAGAAACAAAAAGACAAAGAAGACCGUGAAAAACAAAAACAAAUGCGCGAAGAAAAGAAGGAAAAAAGAAAAACGGUUAAGGGAGAACGCAGACGGUAGCAUGUGGGCGCAUAAGGUAUUUGAUACGACGUUUUUUUUGUACCAAAUAUAUCCUCCAUUCAACAUUUGGUAGAUUGUAUUAAGAACAUACGAAAAACAAAACAAAAACAAGAAAUUAAGAAAAACAGAAAUCAACAACAGAAAUCUUUCUCCAAGAAACGAAAAAACUAAAUAUUUUUAAUAAAUUAUUGAUGUGUUACAUUAAA